AUGAGAGGGUUGUGUUCCCUUCGCCUUCGAGGCAGGGAAUGGAUCCUGACCGUCGUCUGCGCUUAUGCGCCAAGCGGCAGUUCAGAGUACCCAGCCUUCUUGGAGUCCCUGGGUGGGGUACUGGAGGGUGCUCCUCCUGGGGACUCUGUUGUCCAACUGGGAGACUUCAGUGCUCACGUGGGCAAUGACAGCAAGACCUGGAAGGAUCUGAACCCGAGCAGUGUUUUGUUAUCGGACUUCUGUGCAAACCACACAGAGGCCCCGGUCCACGAAAUCUUCAACUCACACCUCCGGCAGAGCUUCAACAGCAUUCCGAGGGAGACUGGGGACAUUGAGUCCGAAUGGACCAUGUUCAGCACCUCCAUUGCCGAAGCCGCUGCACUGAGCUGCGGCCGCAAGGUAGUUGGUGCCUGUCAUGGUGGUAAUCCCCGAACCAAAUGGUGGACACCAGAGGUUAGGGGAGCCACCAAGCUGAAGAAGGAGUCCUAUUGGGCUUGGUUAGCCUGUGGGACUCCGGAGGCAGCUGAUAGGUACCGACAGACUAAGCGGAAUGCGGCUCGGGCAGUGACUAAAGCAAAAACUCGAGUAUGGGAGAAGUUCGGAGAGACCACGGAAAAAGACUUUCGGACUGCCUCGAAGAGAUUCUGGCAAACCGUCAGAUCAGGGGCAGUACCCCUGGACUGGCAGACCAGGGUGGUGAUCCCCAUCUUAAAGAAGGGGGACCAGAGGGUGUGUUCCAACUACACGGGAAUCACACUCCUCAGCCUCCCUGGGAAAGUCUAUGCCAGGGUGCUGGAAAGGAGAGUUCGUCAUGAUGUGGUUCUGUUGGCUUCAUCGGGUGAUGGCCCGCAGCUCUCCUUGGAACGGUUCGCAGCCAAGUGUGAAGUGGUGGGAAUGAGAAUCAGCACCUCCAAAUCUGAGGCCAUGGUCCUCAGCCGGAAAAGGGUGGAGUGCACACUCUGGGUCAGGGACGAGGUCAAGUUGAGGAGUUCAAGAGUAGCUCUGAAUCAUAUCCUCCAUAACCAGUUUAAACCCACUGUGGGAAUGCGCCCAGACUCCAGAAAGAUUGCUGUUCUGAUCACAGACGGGGAAUCCUUCGAUGACAUACUUCUUCCCUCAGAGAACCUGAAAGACACCGGCAUCGAGGUCUACACUAUCGGUGUGGCUGACGCCAGUCUGAGGGAACUGUUGUCGAUCAGCUCUGAUCCGGAUAAAGUUUACUUAGUCGACAGUUUUGACUCUCUCCGGGACAUUUUCAACAAACUUACCGUCGCCCUCUAUAACAGUGUUAAUGUUUUAGGCAAUUUCAGUGUUUUAUUGGAUCUCUGUUUGAUUUCUCUGAUCUCUGCAGACUCUGUCAGGCUGCUGAAGGGUUCCAGUCUGUGUUCAGGCAGACUGCAGGUGAAGUCUAACCAGAGUUGGUCCUCAGUGUGUGAAGAUGACUUUGACCUGCAGGAUGCAGAGGUGGUCUGUAGCGAGCUUGGCUGUGGGCCUCCUUCGCUCCUCCAGGGGGCGCUCUAUGGAGAAGUGGAGGCUCCAGUGUGGAGCAGAGAGUUCCAGUGUGGAGGCCAUGAGUCUGCUCUCCUGGACUGUAGAAGCUCAGGCUCAGUGAGAAGCAGCUGCUCACCUGGCAAAGCUGCUGGACUCACCUGCUCAGAGCCUGUCAGGUUGGUGGGAGGAGCCAGUCGCUGUGCAGGUACACUGGAGGUGAGACGAGGAGAGUGGAGACCAGUGGCGAUGGAUAUCUGGACCCUGAAGGAUGCAGCUGCUGUCUGUGGACAGAUGAACUGUGGUUCUGCUGUUUCUGUAGGAAAUACACAGAAUUCUUCACAGAGAUCGGUGUGGUGGGUGGAGUCACUCUGUGUUCAGGCUGGAUAUGCUCUGAAAGAGUGCGCAUCAGCAGAUCGCUCUGACUCCACGCUGGAUGUCACCUGUUCAGACUCUGUCAGGCUGCUGAAGGGUUCCAGUCUGUGUUCAGGCAGACUGCAGGUGAAGUCUAACCAGAGAUGGUCCUCAGUGUGUGAAGAUGACUUUGACCUGCAGGAUGCAGAGGUGGUCUGUAGCGAGCUUGGCUGUGGGCCUCCUUCGCUCCUCCAGGGGGCGCUCUAUGGAGAAGUGGAGGCUCCAGUGUGGAGCAGAGAGUUCCAGUGUGGAGGCCAUGAGUCUGCUCUCCUGGACUGUAGAAGCUCAGGCUCAGUGAGAAGCAGCUGCUCACCUGGCAAAGCUGCUGGACUCACCUGCUCAGAGCCUGUCAGGUUGGUGGGAGGAGCCAGUCGCUGUGCAGGUACACUGGAGGUGAAACAGGGACUGUGGGGAUCUGUGGAGGCCUCAGGCUGGACCCUGAUGGAUGCAGCUGUAGCCUGCAGAGAGCUGGACUGUGGCUCUGCUGUUUUAACAGGAAGCAGAAAUGCAUCCUGGGAUGGACCAACGUGGAAGAUCAAACCAGGCUGUGUUAAAUCUGGAUCUACACUGAGGGAGUGUGCCACAUCAUCCCAGUCACCCACCGUCCUGGAGCUCAUCUGCUCAGACUCUGUGAGGCUGCUGAAUGGUUCCAGUCUGUGUUCAGGCAGACUGCAGGUGAAGUCUAACCAGAGAUGGUCCUCAGUGUGUGAAGAUGACUUUGACCUGCAGGAUGCAGAGGUGGUCUGUAGGGAGCUUGGCUGUGGGCCUCCUUCGCUCCUCCAGGGGGCGCUCUAUGGAGAAGUGGAGGCUCCAGUGUGGAGCAGAGAGUUCCAGUGUGGAGGCCAUGAGUCUGCUCUCCUGGACUGUAGAAGCUCAGGCUCAGUGAGAAGCAGCUGCUCACCUGGCAAAGCUGCUGGACUCACCUGCUCAGAGCCUGUCAGGUUGGUGGGCGGAGCCAGUCGCUGUGCAGGUACACUGGAGGUGAGACGAGGAGAGUGGAGACCAGUGGCGAUGGAUAUCUGGACCCUGAAGGAUGCAGCUGCUGUCUGUGGACAGAUGAACUGUGGUUCUGCUGUUUCUGUAGGAAAUACACAGAGUUCUUCACAGAGAUCGGUGUGGUGGGUGGAGUCACUCUGUGUUCAGGCUGGAUAUGCUCUGAAAGAGUGCGCAUCAGCAGAUCGCUCUGACUCCACCCUGGAUAUCACCUGUUCAGACUCUGUCAGGCUGCUGAAGGGUUCCAGUCUGUGUUCAGGCAGACUGCAGGUGAAGUCUAACCAGAGAUGGUCCUCAGUGUGUGAAGAAGACUUUGACCUGCAGGAUGCAGAGGUGGUCUGUAGGGAGCUUGGCUGUGGGCCUCCUUCGCUCCUCCAGGGGGCGCUCUAUGGAGAAGUGGAGGCUCCAGUGUGGAGCAGAGAGUUCCAGUGUGGAGGCCAUGAGUCUGCUCUCCUGGACUGUAGAAGCUCAGGCUCAGUGAGAAACAGCUGCUCACCUGGCAAAGCUGCUGGACUCACCUGCUCAGAGCCUGUCAGGUUGGUGGGAGGAGCCAGUCGCUGUGCAGGUACACUGGAGGUGAAACAGGGACUGUGGGGAUCUGUGGAGGCCUCAGGCUGGACCCUGAUGGAUGCAGCUGUAGCCUGCAGAGAGCUGGACUGUGGCUCUGCUGUUUUAACAGGAAGCAGAAAUGCAUCCUGGGAUGGAUCAACGUGGAAGAUCAAACCUGACUGUGUUAAAUCUGGAUCUACACUGAGGGAGUGUGCCACAUCAUCCCAGUCACCCACCGUCCUGGAGCUCAUCUGCUCAGAGCCCGCCCACCAAGGAACCUACAGCUGUGUUUAUCACAUCUUCGUGUUUUCUCGUAGCUUCUCCUCUGAGAGCCGUCAGCUGUCUCUCACUGUCUCAGGUGAGCUCAAGCAGAUGUUUGUCAUCAGACUGCUGCUCCUGCUGCUGAGCCUGCUGCUCUUCAUCUCUGCCGUCUGUUUCAGCCAUAAGGUACCGUGCACACGUCUGCUGAUCAGAGGACGCUCUGGAACCAAGCUCUCGGCCCGUUUGAAGACUCGCUGACUCACACCUGUGUGCUGCUGUG